AUGGGGAUCCGAUCAUCAGAUCAGCAGGUCUCCUCGAUUCUCCCUAGCUGGGUAGUGGUAGACCAAGGUAUUGACCGCAAGGCGCUCGCCUCCUUUCGCCACGACGACGACCCUAGCACGGCGGAGGCUCGCGCCAGCAACGGCGAGAUCGUCCGCGUGUCGUUCACCGUGCGCCCGCUGCCGGGUGCCUCCCGCCUCUGGGUCCACUGGCCGGAGGGCCGCAAGCCGUCCGGCUGGAACAGAGUCGUGGCGGCGCACGGCAACGCCGUACUCUUCCGUCUCGAGGUCGACUUCGAGGACUCCCUCAUCGUGCUCCGCGAUCGACCACUUCAUCUACUGGGCCAGCCCUUCCGGUCCCUGGAUCUCACUUCUCCCACGCUGGUACUCGACCGAGGAGGAGAUAGAGGCAGCUCCGGCCGCAGAGGCACCGGCCUGCUGCUGGAUUGUGAUACAGGAGAUUUCGUGGUGGCGGAGCUCCAUCUCGAUCUGGACAGGCUCGAAGACGUGGAUGCACCUCUGGAAGCGCAGCUCUUGAGGCUCUGCUCGGACAGGGGGAAAAUUGCUGCAGGUGCUGCUGGAGAGUGGGAGUGGGAGGUUAAGCACGCAGGGGCCCGUGGGGGCAAGGCUAAGUUCAGUGACUUGCUCUGCUGGUGGGAAGCUUCCAUGGUUGUCCCUUACCGCAGUUACCUGUGCUGGGUUGAUUACUCAAGGGGUGUCAUCUUCUGCAACGUCGGCCACAGUAGCCCGGACCUCCAGUACCUCUCCUUGCCGGUGGAUCAGUUGGCUGUUGGCUGUGCCUCAGCCAGCACUCCAGCCGAACAUGCUCUGUUUCCCGUCGGCUAUCCUGACCAUUUCAGCAGAGGAUGGCCGCAGGCGUCCCGGGCUGUGUGCGUUACCAAGAAUGGAGCGAUGAUGAAGUUUAUCAACAUUGCACGCAGCGAUGGGAUGCUAUCUGGCGAGAGUGAGCAUGGUUGCAGAUUCACUAUCACCGUCUCCACGCUGAUGCACCAUGGCCAGGACGAUAUGGGGUGGGUGACGGACACCACAAUUCAAGCUGCUCAACUCUGGGAUAUGGAGGGUUACGAUGAUCAACUUCCCUGCGUUGUGCCGCAGUUCCCUCUGGUGAGCAUGGAUGAUCCCAACACCAUCUAUUUUGUGCUCAAGGAGAGGCACACGGUUUCGGCAUGGGUGGUUGCCCUUGACGUAGAUAGCAGCAAGGUUUUAUGGUAUAAAGAUAUCCAAGCCACCCCUUCUGAUGAGGACGCUGAAACGGCCCCUAGCAACAUCUUCUGCAGCUUGGCUUUCUUUCCUACCGAAUUCACUAAGCAUCUGCAGAAGGCUGCCCCUGUGCCCCCAGGUUUCUUCUUAGUACAUAAAUGUGACUAA